CCGAUAUCUCACACCGAUCUGCUCUCACACCCACCGCAUCUCUUUCUCUCCCCCGCUCUCUCUCUCUCUCUAUCUCUCUCGCUCUCACUCUCUGUCAAUCCAAUGUCUCACCGCAAAGAUUCUCCCGAUUCUCUAUCCUCCAUUUCCAUUGGCCUUUUUUCUCUCUUAACAAUAUAUUUCUAAAUUUUGAAACUCUCCAAGUCUCCUUCUCUCUCAAGUCUCUGCACUUCAAAACCACCCCUACUUAUUCCGUACGUUUCACUAUCCAACAACCUCUUUUCUUUUAAACCUUCGUUUAUUGGCUAGGGUUUUUCCAUGGCAUUUUUGUAAUUUUUGUUCUCAAUGGCAGCGAGUUCCAGUGGUUUGUCCACUCAGCUUCAUUUCAAGCUCACUCGGCUUCUCAUCUCUCCCGUUCAUAGUACUGUUUAUGGAUUGCAGCUAAGGAAGAAGAAGAGGAGGACCUUGGUCAACCGAGUGGAGGCCAGUCGAAUCAGUUGCUGCUGCUCGGAUUCUGUGGUUCCGAUUCGGAGGACCGGCGGGGCGAGUAAGAGUUCGGAGAAAAUUGAUGAGAAGACCUCCCAUAGGGUCCGUGCUAAAGCCAUUCCAGCAUUGCCUUUUGCUUCUUCACAGUCUCGUUUUGUUUCAAAACAAGAAAAGUUUUCUCCUCGUUGUACCCCAAGAAGUUCUGGUCCACAGUCCAGAGACACUCCACCAAAAAGAGACACUGGUAUUGCAAAUGAAAAGGACUGGGGCAUCAGCUUGUUGAAUGAAAAUGUCAAUGAAUCUGGUACCAACGAAGAUGGUAGUACUUGGUACAGGGAAAGUGGAGAGGACCUGGGUGAAAAUGGGUACAGAUGUAGAUGGACGAGAAUGGGUGGACGAUCACAUGAUGGUACCUCAGAAUGGAAAGAAACGUGGUGGGAGAAAAGUGACUGGUCUGGAUACAAAGAGCUAGGCGUGGAGAAAUCUGGAAGGAAUUCUGAAGGGGAUUCAUGGUGGGAAACAUGGCAAGAGGUGCUUCAUCAAGAUGAAUGGAGUAACCUGGCUAGGAUAGAGAGGAGUGCACAGAAACAAGCAAAAUCAGGGACUGAAAAUGCUGGAUGGUAUGAGAAAUGGUGGGAGAAAUAUGAUGCUAAAGGUUGGACUGAGAAGGGGGCACACAAGUACGGCAGACUAAACGAGCAGUCCUGGUGGGAGAAGUGGGGAGAGCAUUAUGAUGGAAGAGGAUCUGUUCUCAAAUGGACAGAUAAAUGGGCUGAGACUGAAUUAGGAACUAAAUGGGGUGACAAGUGGGAAGAGAAGUUCUUUGCUGGUAUAGGUUCUCGGCAGGGCGAGACAUGGCACGUUUCCCCAAGUGGUGAACGUUGGUCAAGGACAUGGGGGGAAGAACAUUUUGGAAAUGGUAAAGUUCAUAAAUAUGGAAAGAGCACAACAGGUGAAAGCUGGGAUAUUGUUGUAGAUGAGGAAACCUAUUACGAGGCUGAACCUCAUUAUGGAUGGGCUGAUGUUGUGGGUGAUUCAUCUCAAUUGCUAUCAAUUAAACCUCGGGAGAGACCCCCUGGAGUCUUCCCAAAUCUCGAUUUUGGUUCAUCUCCACCAUCUUUGCCUGAUGAUGACGACUCAGACUUGCCUCCCCCAUCUUCAGAUUGAAGGCUCUAUAUAUUUUGCUUUAGGUGGUUUUAUUUUAAAAUCUCAUCUAAAUCCAGAAUGCUACCAACUAUUGUAAUGGGAUAUUGCUUAGUUUCCAUUUGUUCAUUCUUUGGAUGGUAAAUACAUCAUCCAUUUCAUGCUGUGCAAGUAUUGAACAUAACCUUAAAUUUUAAAAUUAAUUUUGCUAGCCAUUGUCCUGAC